AUGGAGGAUACAGGAAUCCGCUACUUCCGUGAGUUAGUGAAUAGGUCUUUCUUUCAAGAAGCUCUUCUGGGAUCGAAAUAUGUGAUGCAUGACCUCAUACACGAUCUUGCUCAGUUUAUUUCGGAGGGAGAGUUUUACAAGAUCGAAGAUGAUGAGUCGAAAGAGAUCCCUAAUACGACUCGUCAUCUGUCAGCAACAUUAAUCGGUAAAACCAAGUUACCGGAGUUCUCAUGUUAUGAGAAAUUACGGACCCUCAUGAUCAAUUAUCAAAGUUUUUGCUAUGGCAUUCGAGUCGAUGGCUCUUUGUUCCUCCAGUUUGAAAGAUUAAAAAACAUUCGAGUGUUGAUUUUGAAAAGUUGUGGCUUGCGGGAGUUGCCGGAGACAAUUGGUGACUUGAUACACCUCCGCUAUCUUGACAUAUCCUACAACCGUCAGAUUUGGAGACUGUCGGAGUCACUAUGUGGUCUUUACAAUUUACGAGUACUCGAUCUGUCUGAAUGUGAACUACAGAGUUUACCGUACUGCAUGAGCAAGUUGAUCAACUUGAUGCAUCUUAAUGCAGAAGAUAAAAUAAUUUCCGAGAUAAACGAUGUAGGGAAGCUGACUUCUCUUCAAGGACUGUGUUCAUUUAAAGUACUCAAGGAUCAGGGACACAAGGUUGCCCAAUUAGGCGGUCUGAAACAGCUUCAUGGACAACUUCGAAUUACCAAUAUUGAGAACGUUGAGAGUAAACAAGAAGCAAGCAAGGCUAAUCUGAACAACAAACAGUACCUUGAUGCACUGGCCUUACAAUGGACAUCGGAUGAUGGCUCCAGUUUGGACGGCAAUGAAUUAGUUAUGUCGGAGGAGGUACUCGAAGGUCUCCAACCACAUCAGGCUCUCAAACGUUUGACGAUCAGAGGGUACAAUGGUGUCAGAUCACCCAGUUGGCUGCAGGCACAAUUGUUAUCGAACCUGAUAACUCUUGAACUAGAAAACUGCACAGCAUGGGAGGAUCUUUCAUGUAUUGGACAGCUACCGAAUCUCAAGAACCUUUACGUGAAGGGAAUGCCUGCAGUGAAACAAAUAAGUCAUGGAUUAAGUACAGAGAGCAAGUUCUUGCCUAAUCUGGAAGAGCUAGUGCUGGAGAACAUGGUGGCAUUGGAGGAACUCCCGAGUCUUUUACAACUUUCAAAUCUCAAGGUUCUUCACAUCGAGCGAAUGCCAGCAGUGAAAGAGAUUGGACAUGAAUUCUUUAAUCAUAUAGACAAGAAUUGGUUACCUAAGCUAGAAAAGAUACAUCUUGAGGACAUUCCAGCUUGUGAGAGACUCCCUUGUAUUGGACAACUGCCGUGUCUUAAGAUUCUUCGCAUCGAGAGAAUGUCAGCAGUGACGAAGGUAGGCCACGAGUUCUUUGGUUGUAGAGAUCAAGGCAAGUGUUUUCCAAGCUUGGAAGAACUCAAAUUCAGCGACAUGCCAGCAUGGCAAGAGUGGUCAUGGGCUGAUGGCGGAGAGCUGUUUCCCUGCUUGCGUAGGCUUGAAAUUGUAAGAUGCCCAAAGCUUCAGAGGUUGCCUCCCCUCCCUCCACUUGAAACAUUAAGAUUAGAUGAAGUCGGAUUGACAGGAGCAACGUUGUUCUGUUUUCGGUAG